UGCAAAAUGCAGUGCCAAUUCAACUCGUGCCACCAGCCCGUGCUGCCGGGCUCGACCAAGUGCGACUUUCACCGCAACCGGUCCGAGUGCUCAAUGCCCGACUGCUCCAACCAAGUGUUUGCAAGGAAGCUCUGCGUGCGCCAUGGCGGCCGGCCGCUCUGCAGCUUUGACGGCUGCCGCGCCAACGCGCACCGGCGCGGCUUUUGCUGCCGGCAUGGCGCCAAGGGCUCGAAGAAGCACUGCAUCGAGCCCGGCUGUGCCCGCCUCGCGCAGUCCAAGCACAAGUGCGUGCGCCAUGGCGGCGGCCGGCCGUGCCACUUUGAAGGCUGCACGACCCACGCACGGUCGGGCGGCCACUGCUCGCGCCACGCCAAACACAAGCGAAUGACGCAGUUGUCCGACGACGGCGGGAUCUCGGACAGCACGAGCGAGUCGUCGAGUAGCAGCAGCGUCCAGCACAGCGAACGCCCGAGCUGGACCAAGUACAGCCUUGCGCUGCUUCUCAACAGCACGACCGACCCCGUCGCAUGCUCAGUCGAAUCGUUUUAGUAAUAGCAACAGAAUAGAUUAUAUUUCCAAGUCGUCGCA